GAGAGGUUGUUGUUUUUCUAUCCAAUCAGCUGAUAUAUGUUGUGCUUAGAUGACAGUUGCUGGCGAGUGAUUGCUGUGGAACAUAAAUGUUUAUUUUUAAAAAUAACACUGUAUAAUUAUUUCUUGAGUUUUUUCGCGUAAUACGGGUAGAUCUAUAGGGCAUAUUUUAAUUAACUCAAUUAUUCGCGCAACACAAUCACAGCAGGUUUCUUCUUGAUCGUACAAAUGUCGAUGUUUCUUUUGUGUAGCGAAAUGACGCAGUUAUAUAUUCAGUGAUUUUUCUCUAAUAGAUCGCAUAAUUUAAAUAGUGAAAUGUCGGCCGAUUCCCCAAGUCAUACGCGCCAGGAAUCAGCGUCAUCAAUGCAUAGUACUGUGUAUCCGCAGCCAGUCACAGAUCCAACAAUUUUAGAUAGUGUGGCUGGCUUUAUCAAUGACGUUGUACCAGCAACUGGUACCGAUACCUUUGACGUAAAAGACCAAAUCCAAUGGGCCCAGUUUGAAAACCUGGAUUUUGAUGAAUCAAAUUUUUCCCUUAAUACAGAAACUCCAAUUCCUUCAAGUUUAACAUUAGUUUUAGGUUAUACAACAGGGGUUCAGGUAUGGACUAUACCGCCCAACGGAGAGGCAAUGGAACUGUUCUCUUGGCGCCACGGGUCAGUUAAGGUGCUGAGGAUCCUACCCACACCCUUUGCAGUAGACUGCAGUAAGAGGGAUAUUUUUGAGGCAAAGAGACCAUUACUAGCUCUGGUUGAUGUAGCCAGUCAUAGCUCACCGACGGGUUCGUUAAAUUUUUAUUCUAUAAGGACAGGAGAACAGGUUAAGCAAAUUAAAUUCAAAAAUCAAAUUUUGGACGUGUUGGCAAAUCGGCGAUCAAUCAUAAUUUCCUUCCCCGAGAAAAUUGCCAUUUUUGAUGCUUUUACCUUGGAAGACAAGCACACAGUUACCGGAUGCUAUUUGAGUCCGGGAAUCCAGCAGAAUCCUGUGGCUUUGGGUUCUAGAUGGUUGGCGUUUGGGGACAAGAAACUAGUUGCUUCUAGAAGAAGUAGCGGUGGAAAUGAGGGGGAAGGCGUUCAGAGCUACACGGCAACCGUUUUACACGCUGCUAAAUCACUCGGUCGUGGUCUUCGAGAAUUAGGUGAUGUAGUGGCGUCUAGCCUUACAGGGAAUCAGAUGAGCAAAUUGGGAACUUCCCCCAAUAGUCCUCAAGCUGGAGGCUCAAGCGACGUACUUCAAAAAGGCAUCGUGACGAUUUUAGACGUUGAGAGCCCCACGACACAAAACGCCGAUGGAUCUUUACACCCAGAGGCUAUAGUGGCUCAUUUUGUCGCGCACACCGAAGCCAUAGUCUGGUUGCAGUUCGGACCUUGCGGCAUGCUACUUCUUACGGCCGACAAAAGAGGGCACGAUUUUCAUCUGUUUAGGAUUCAACCUCACCCAAUCGGAUCGGCUUUGGCAGCCGUCCACCAUUUAUACACGCUUCACAGAGGUGAUACGUCGGCGAAGGUACAGGAUAUGUGUUUCUCAUUCGAUUCUCGAUGGGUGACUGUUUCGACACUUAGGGGAACCACUCACGUGUUUCCCAUUACUCCGUAUGGAGGAAAUAUAGGUGUGCGGACGCAUACAACGCCACACGUUGUCAAUAAGAUGUCAAGGUUUCAUAGGUCAGCUGGACUGACUGCUGAAGGUCGUUCUAAUAGCCCCGUGUCUAUGUUCGAAAAUCCCAUCAGCUCAAACUUUCCCUACCACAAUCCCCGCUUUGCUCCCUUUCCCCAUCCCACAGUCAUCAGUCCCUUGGCUCAACUGAGACAGCCUGUAUACAUGCAGAAUGUAGGCACCGCCACUCCACGCCAAGGUCGCCAAAGACUCACCUCUUCCUCUGAAGACAACAUUGCUCUUCGUAUAACCGCUUGUUUUGCCUCUGCCAGAGCUUGGAUAGACUCGGUAGCCAUUCAAAGAGAACCGUCAGUAAACAAGACUGUUAAGCCCGUGGAUUCGCUAUUUGUCAUGAACUGUCACGGUAUUUUGGUUCAGUACGAUUUGGAGCCUCACUGUUCCAGCAGUAUACCAAAGGAAAGGAUGUGCGACGAGUCACCAAUCGAAUUGACGGUUGUUGCUAAAGCCCAGUGGAGAUUGCAACGGCAACCUACCUCCGUUGACAGACCUCUUCCAGUACCUCAUCAAAAUUUAAUAUUUUUUGGUUCCACAAUACCCAGCGCUAAGAGAAAAUCCGAAAACAGUAAUGACGACGAUUGGUUGUCUCAGGUCGAAAUUAUAACUCACGCCGGUCCUCAUAGACGACUUUGGAUGGGUCCUCAGUUUACUUUUAAGACUUACACUACCACCAGCGGCACCCCUAUGUCACUGGCAGAUGCCCAACCUUUGGAUUUGAACAGGUCGAAGCCGGUAAACAUGCCCAUAACGAAAGCCAACGCUGUAUUGAUUGAAUCUAGUUCUGCAAGUAGCAGUGAGCAAUCUCUUUUAGAUACAUACAGGCGAAAUUGUGAAGCAUUGGGUGCCGCAGGUGAAUCUCAGAUCAAAGAAGACUUAGCUGAUGCUAUGCUUGAAUCUCCUGGAUCGAGAGAUACAGGUGGGCGGUGUGUGAUCGUGUCUGUGAAACCGCCGGCGCCAGCUGCGCGACGUGCCUUCCCGGCGCCCUCUCCCAUCGCUAAAGUCGUCAAUCCAUUGGGUACCGUGGUCACGGUGCAGUCUUCCGACGAGGAAACCGAGGUUACGGUCCCCGAAGACGAUAUUAUUUACGAGAACUGCGACGAGGCGCUGUUCAGGCCCAUGGUUUCGCCCAAAAUGUUAGCUUACUGUAAGAGCAGUAGCGCACACGCGGGAAAUAUCAUGACUAAAAGUCUGAAGGCCGACACCGAGGUGACUGUGAGAGUGCUAGACAGAGACUCGCCUCAUCCCAGUUCGUGGGAAGACCCCAAAAUACAGGACAUUAAAGGCGAUAUGAAGGUUAUAGUCAGGCAUAGAGAAGUUUCAGAUAAUGUCGCGGUUAAAAAGGAAAAUUCAGAUAUAAGUAUUAAUAGAAAAAAGAAUAGGAACGAUCAAACCAAAUGUAAAGAAAAUGAAAUAAUCAGUAACAAAUCUGAAAUGCUUGAAUCAGUAAAUGACCCUCUAUCUCAGUCUUAUCAAAGGAUCGAACCAUCGAUAAUUGAACCUGAAAUUCUUCAAAGUAACAUAAAAACUAUUCCUACCGAAGUUAAUUCUAAGCCGAGCAAAAAAUCAAAAUCGAAAAAUUCUUCUAAAAAGAGCAGUGAUGAAUCGAGAAGUAGUUCAGAACGGGAACAAGAUCGGAACGAUUCGAAACAACUAAGUACCACGACAGAUCCUUUAAGGGCCUCUGAAGUAUCCAAGAACAGCAGAACCGGAUCGAAGAAGAGAAACCAGAACUCCAAAACGAAUACUUCGGUCAUUGAAGACUUGCCAAAACUGGACGAUCCCGUGGAAUAUUCUGUUAGUUUGAAACUGCCUGCAAAAUCGUACAAGGAUAUUAAGCCAAAGGUUGUUGAUGAAGUAGACGCAAUACCUUAUGCCGACUAUGACCCAUCUAGAAUCCAGCAAGAACUGGAAAAAGAACUAGACGAUGAAGUUUUUGAAAACACCAACAAAACAUCAGAUGAAUACCCAACUAUCAGUCAGACCAAGUCAUUUAAAAAAGAAAAUACCUCUAAAUCGACGGGCAUUCUUAUGAAAGGUCUUGGCAUCUCCACUGACAUAUCUUUUCCGGCUUUGGACGAGAAGCUGGUCAAUCCGGAAUUUCCUCCCCUAGAGGAGAACUUUUUUUCUUUAGAAAACAUAUCGAAGGUGGACAAAUUUGAGGACGCUGAAGAUUGUGGGCUUCCUCUGGAACCUGUUGAGAAAUACUUUGAAGAAACGUCUCAAUGGAACGUGCGAAAAGCUACUAAUGACGAUAUUUGGAAUACGGUCAGUACUUCGGAAGACAACAUCGACGAUCAGAAAAAGGAUAAAGUAAAAAAGAAAACGCGGAAACCCAAAGCUAAGCUCGGUGUGAAAAUACCGGUACAGAAGGAGAGUAGUCCUGAUUCUAAUAAGAGUAAAGACGACUUUUCUGAUAAAAUUUGGACAGAUGUGUCCACCGAAAUAAUACUGCCUCCGCCGAAAAAGACUUCAUGGAGUUGCAUCGUGGCGAAGCCUCAAAAACCACUAAAUAUAAUUGAGAACGAAGAAGUUACUAAGGCCGAAGAAGUGGAAAGCUACACUAUAACCAUACCGAGAAAAUCGUACUCUAGCGUCAUCACGGAGAAGCUUUUGGACAUAGAGACUCCCGAAGAGCGCAACAACUUCGCGACAUCGUUAGACGACUUGUUGGAGAUUGACAGAAGCGAAGAACUGUCACAAGGGUCGAAUAAAGUUCCGGACUUCUUGAAAUUGAGUGAAAAAUCAUCGGACGACGAGAAAAAUGGGUCGGGCAGUUCGCCGGUGGAGACAACGGAAAGUUCAGACGAAGGGAAAACUGGGGGAAUUGUUGUGGAAAAUAAUCCUAAAACUCAAACCCGUACCGGUGGCAAAAAGAAGCGAAGACGAUAAAUUUAUUUAUUUUAGGGUUAUAUACAGGGUGUGCCAAUAUUCCUUGGACAUAAAACUACUACGUAUUUUUGGAAUCAAAAUUAGUUCAUUGGACACAAUUUACCUCUAUACGAAAGUGUUUCGUUUGUCCGCAAGAGAGCAUAGUUAAGUAAUAAAAUAUUUUAAGAGCCGUUAUUCCGAUAUGAGUGAGAUUUGGGGUGCCUAUAUGUUUUGGUAAGUGCUUUAUCAUUUGAGAUUCACAAAAAUGAAGAAAAAGUACGUAAGGGUGAAAAAUAUCCCCACCUCUACAUAAAUUUUAGUAUAAAUAUUUUCCAACCCCACCAACGACCGAUUUUAUUUUGGUAAAAUGGUCCUACUAGUAUUUACUUCGUUUUUUGUCCUUUGUAAAAAACGCCACAUCGCAUAGUUUUUGAGAAAAACAUUUUGGGAGAAUUUAUUUUUAUAAAGCAGACCAACAAAAUAUACAGGGAGUUCCAAUAUUCCGUGGACAUAG